AUGCUGGUCCGCCCGUUGGGGGACUUCCCGUACCUGCUGCGGCAGCGCGUCCAGGCCCUCCGGCACUGGUACCGGAACUCUUCUCUCUUUGCGAAGAACCUGAUUUUCGUCUGUCUCGGCGCGGGGGCUGGGUACUUGGCGGGGCGAGUCGAGCGCCACCGCCGCCUCGCGGAGGGCGACCUGAACCGCAGCGUGCAAGUGACCUUCUACUCGCUGCCGCACUCGCCCGCGCUCUCCACUUCCGCGCCGCCUGCGACUUCUUCCUCUUCUUCUUCCCUUGCCGCUGCUCUCCCUCCUGCGGCGGCCGCGACAGCCACGGAGGGUGCGCGUGCGGCUGAGGAGGAGGAGGCGUGGAGAGAGUCGCGCCGGUCGUUCGAGAGCGUCUGGAACCAGAGCGCGCGCGCCGUGCAGCGCCUGCCGGGCUACUCGUGGACGCAGAUCUACCGCCUGUCGCCGCAGCAGUCCCACGUCUUCCCGGCGGCGGGCCGUAAGAGCGCCGCCGCCGCAGCGGAGAGACGCGGCAUCUUCGGCGCGAAGCGCAGCGACGACGCGCUGGAGAAGCUCGACGGCUGCGGUCGCGCAGAGGAGCCGAGGGAGACGCGCGCGGAGGGUGACGCGCGCGCAGCGCCUGCCGCGCCGCGGCCGCCUGACUACAUUCAGCUGAGGCAGUGGUUUGGGGACGUGCGAGAGCUGCAGAAGCGCGACGAAGAGCACGGAAAAAACGGGGGCUUGGCUGCGAUGUGCUCCAACACUGAAUCCGCCGAGUACGAGAUCAUCGUGGACGACUCCUUAGUCCGCAUCAUUCAGUCCUGA